UGCCCAUAUAAUUCUUUUUUUCUUAUCCCUAUUUUCUUACUUUUUAUCUAUUCAUUUUUUCUCUAGUAGACGGUGGGGAGAGGGGCACAAAAUAUGCUCCGUAGCUAGGUAACUGCAUGCGUGUGUAUGUUUAAAACGUUUUCAUGUUUAUAAACACAUUUGUCAUUAUCUAAGGUUUACCGCCGUGUAGCCGUCACAGUGUGUACCUCGGCUCCAGAAUCUAACGUCCGCGGUUUCAUAGAAGAGCUGUCACGUGAGCUAGAUGAACUUGUGAAGGAGGUCAGAUAUCAACAGCUUUCUUACAACGAAGUCGAGAAAUUCAUCUUCAGAGACAAAGACAUCGACGUCAUGCUACUCUGCCAUUCCAUUAAAAACAGAAGGUUUGCUAUCACGGACGUCAUGGAUGCACUCUACACCGGGUUUCUUCCUAGAGCUACAAGGGAGAUAGGGAAAGCAAAAGUCGGGGUGAUUGUACAUGACAUGUCGAUGGAGAACAUCCUCGAUGAUAGAAAAUACGAAGAAAAGAUGGAAUCUUUCCGUCGUCAACAGCCAACCACUUUCAAGAAUGCCGCUAUGGUUUUCAUCAGCGGACAGCUAGCCGAUUCUCCUCCCCAACUUGGGCCAGGCAACUGGACUGAGCUUAGAACUUUUAUCGCAAAGGCAUCAAGAUUAUCCGAAGCACCUCCACACAAAGCUCUUCGGGAGGUGCUUUUACCAGCGUUUCUCAUUUUUGCGAUUAUAGUUGCAUUAAUUGUCGGGUUGAGCGUUGGACUAACCUGAAUGCAAUGUUGAAAGCUGAUGAGAGAUUUAAGUAUUGCAUAAAUAUAAAUAUCUAUUUUGUUCUGAUCGAUGAAACCUCUUGAAAUUCAUGCUUUUACCUAGCAAUUCAUUUCAUGACCCGGACUCUAAGAGGACGAAUGUUUAAAUUUAAUUGGCACUGAUGAUACGUAAGACUUUGUGAGUUUGGAGGGGGAUGGCAUCAAAUAAUUUGUAUAGUUUGAUUGUAUAUUGACCUUGUUCUUCUUUUGCCCCUCCCCCUCCUCUCCUCCUCUCUCCUUC